AUGGUGGCUCGCAGUUUCCUCUUGAGCCUUCUCCUGGCAGUGACUGUCGUGCAGGGCACGCGCACGUCUUCGGAUGCGGCCACGCAGAAUCUGGAGGCCCUCGAAGAGUACAAAAACUCGCUCAAGGAGCAGAAUGGCCAAGAUGCAAAGGUCGCAGCAGCCAUGGACGACAUUCAUUCGCAUGCCGUGAAGUUGAUGAAGGAGGUAGAAGAUGCUGCCAAGAGUGGUGGCGAGUGGACGACAUGCGGCUUCAACAUUUGCUCUGGUGCUGAGCCAGUGUGCUGCACACAUUAUAGUGGCAAGAAGUACUGCGCUGUCAGAGGCCAGAGGGACUGCUGA